UAUUGCCCCUUUCCCGGUGCAGAACGCGGUAGCAGCAGUGAGCUCGAGUGCCAGGCCCCGGGUCCGGUGUGUCCUUCCCGCGGGCGGGGACGGGGCCGUGACUUGACUCUUUGGACGCUGUGUCCGAAGGGCGCGCAGGAGCCGCCGCCGCCCCCCCAGCCCCCCCACCCCCGUUCUGUGCACUGACCCCGGCUCUGUCUCCUUGACCCGCGGCCGCCUGGACGGUCCGGACCGUGCGCCCGGGGCAGGGGUGGCGGGCCCGGGCGGCGGGGCAGCGGCCACACGGCGGCCCUUGGGCGGCGGUAGCGGCGGCAGCGCUGGGGAGGACGGAGAGGGAAGAUGGCGUCAGAGCUGGAGCCGGAGGUGCAGGCCAUCGACCGGAGUUUGCUGGAAUGUUCGGCUGAGGAGACCGCCGGGAAAUGGCUGCAAGCAGCAGAUCUCACUAAAGAAGUACACCAGCACCUGGCCCACUAUGUCCCCAAGAUCUACUGCAGGGGCCCCAACCCUUUCCCGCAGAAGGAGGACAUGAUGGCCCAGCACGUCCUGCUGGGGCCCAUGGAGUGGUACCUCUGUGGUGAAGACCCUGCAUUUGGGUUCCCAAAGCUUGAACAAGCCAACAAACCUUCUCAUCUGUGUGGUCGCGUUUUCAAAGUCGGAGAGCCUACGUACUCUUGCAGAGAUUGUGCCGUUGAUCCUACUUGCGUUUUAUGCAUGGAGUGCUUUUUGGGAAGCAUCCACAGAGACCACCGAUACAGGAUGACGACUUCCGGAGGUGGAGGUUUCUGUGACUGUGGCGACACUGAAGCUUGGAGAGAGGGUCCUUACUGUCAGAAGCACGAGCCGAACCCCUCUGGAGCUGAGGAGGAGGAGGAUCCGCUCGUGCAUUUGUCAGAAGAUGUGAUAGCAAGGACGUACAACAUUUUUGCUAUUAUAUUCCGAUACGCAGUAGAUAUAUUAACCUGGGAGAAAGAAAACGAAUUGCCAGCUGAUCUAGAGAUAGGAGAGAAGAGUGACACUUACUAUUGCAUGCUGUUCAAUGAUGAGGUUCACACCUAUGAGCAGGUUAUUUAUACUCUUCAGAAAGCUGUUAAUUGUACACAGAAAGAGGCCAUCGGCUUUGCGACUACAGUAGACCGAGAUGGCCGCAGAUCUGUUCGAUAUGGAGAUUUCCAGUAUUGUGAGCAAGCAAAGUCAGUAAUUGUGAGAAAUACCAGUAGACAGACAAGGCCGCUCAAAGUUCAAGUUAUGCAUUCGUCUAUUGUUGCUCAUCAGAAUUUUGGUUUGAAACUAUUAUCUUGGCUGGGAAAUAUUAUUGGAUAUUCAGAUGGCCUUCGCCGGAUUUUAUGUCAAGUUGGUUUACAAGAAGGGCCAGAUGGUGAAAACUCUUCUCUAGUAGACAGACUGAUGCUGAGUGAUUCCAAAUUGUGGAAAGGUGCAAGGAGUGUCUACCACCAGCUCUUCAUGAGCAGUUUACUGAUGGAUUUGAAGUACAAGAAACUAUUUGCCGUUCGAUUUGCAAAGAAUUACCAGCAGUUGCAGAGAGAUUUUAUGGAGGAUGAUCACGAGCGAGCAGUGUCCGUGACUGCUCUGUCUGUCCAGUUCUUCACCGCGCCUACUCUGGCCCGGAUGCUCAUCACAGAGGAAAACCUAAUGACCAUCAUCAUUAAGACGUUCAUGGAUCAUCUGAGGCACCGAGACGCCCAGGGCCGGUUUCAGUUUGAGCGAUACACUGCUUUACAGGCCUUCAAGUUCAGGAGGGCUCAGAGCCUUAUUUUAGACCUCAAGUAUGUGUUAAUCAGCAAGCCAACGGCAUGGUCAGAGGGUCUGAGGCAGAAGUUUCUAGAAGGAUUUGAUGCCUUUUUGGAAUUACUCAAGUGUAUGCAGGGGAUGGAUCCCAUCACGCGUCAGGUCGGCCAGCACAUCGAGAUGGAGCCCGAGUGGGAGGCGGCCUUCACCCUGCAGAUGAAGCUGACCCACGUCAUUUCUAUGAUGCAGGACUGGUGCGCGUUGGACGAAAAGGUGUUAAUUGAAGCUUACAAGAAAUGCCUUGCGGUGUUGACGCAGUGCCAUGGUGGUUUUACUGAUGGUGAACAGCCAGUCACACUAAGCAUUUGUGGACACUCAGUGGAAACUAUCAGAUACUGUGUCUCCCAGGAAAAAGUUAGCAUUCACCUCCCAGUUUCCCGCUUACUAGCAGGUUUACAUGUAUUGUUAAGCAAAAGUGAAGUUGCACAUAAAUUUCCAGAGCUUCUACCUCUAAGUGAACUUAGCCCACCCAUGCUGAUCGAGCACCCUCUCAGAUGUCUUGUUCUCUGUGCCCAAGUCCAUGCAGGAAUGUGGAGAAGAAACGGGUUUUCUCUAGUAAACCAGAUUUAUUACUACCAUAAUGUGAAAUGCAGACGGGAGAUGUUUGACAAGGAUAUAGUAAUGCUUCAGACAGGUGUUUCCAUGAUGGACCCAAAUCACUUCCUGAUGAUCCUUCUCGGCCGCUUCGAGCUCUAUCAGAUUUUCAGCACUCCAGACUACGGGAAAAGAUUCAGCUCCGAGGUCACCCAGAAGGACGUCGUGCAGCAGAACAAUGCUCUGGUGGAGGAGAUGCUGUACCUCAUCAUCAUGCUCGUGGGAGAGAGAUUUAGUCCUGGAGUUGGACAGGUGAAUGCAACAGAUGAAAUUAAGCGGGAGAUUAUUCAUCAGCUGAGCAUCAAGCCAAUGGCUCACAGUGAACUGGUGAAGUCGUUACCUGAAGAUGAGAACAAGGAAACGGGCAUGGAGGGUGUGAUUGAGACUGUUGCCCAUUUUAAGAAACCUGGAUUAACAGGACGAGGCAUGUACGAACUAAAGCCAGAAUGUGCCAAAGAGUUCAACUUGUAUUUCUAUCACUUCUCAAGGGCGGAACAGUCCAAGGCAGAGGAAGCUCAACGAAAAUUGAAAAGGCAAAAUAGGGAAGAUACAGCACUUCCACCUCCGGUGCUGCCUCCCUUCUGCCCGCUGUUCGCGAGUCUGGUCAACAUCCUGCAAUCUGACGUCAUGCUGUGCAUCAUGGGCACCAUCCUGCAGUGGGCCGUGGAGCACAACGGCUACGCCUGGUCGGAGUCCAUGCUGCAGAGGGUAUUGCACUUAAUUGGAAUGGCAUUGCAAGAAGAAAAGCAGCAUCUAGAGAAUGUCUCAGAAGAGCACAUGGUCACCUUCACCUUCACUCAGAAGAUAUCAAAGCCCGGGGAAGCACCCAGCAACUCUCCCAGCAUUCUGGCUAUGUUGGAAACGUUGCAAAAUGCUCCAUAUCUGGAAGUUCACAAAGAUAUGAUCAGGUGGAUAUUGAAGACCUUCAAUGCUAUUAAGAAGAUAAGGGAGAGUUCAUCCACCAGUCCUGUAGCAGAGACCGAAGGAACCAUAAUGGAAGAGAACCUCAGAGACAAAGACAAAGCCGAGAGGAAAAGGAAGGCUGAGAUCGCACGGCUGCGCCGGGAGAAGAUCAUGGCCCAGAUGUCCGAGAUGCAGAGACACUUCAUCGAUGAGAACAAAGAGCUCUUCCAGCAGACUGUAGAGCUGGACGCCUCCACCUCGGCUGUGUUCGACAAUAGCCCUAUGGUUUCAGAUACGACACUUACAGCAUUGGGCCCGGCACAAACUCAGGUCCCCGAGCAGAGACAGUAUGUCACCUGCAUAUUGUGCCAGGAGGAGCAGGAAGUGACUGUGGAGAGCAGAGCAAUGGUCCUGGCAGCAUUUGUUCAGCGAUCAACUGUAUUAUCAAAAGACAGAAGUAAAUUCAUUCAGGAUCCAGAAAAGUACGAUCCCUUGUUCAUGCAUCCUGACCUGUCCUGUGGAACACACACAGGCAGCUGUGGGCACAUGAUGCAUGCCCACUGUUGGCAAAGGUAUUUUGAUUCUGUUCAAGCUAAAGAACAGCGAAGGCAACAGAGGUUACGUUUACAUACAAGCUACGAUGUAGAAAAUGGAGAAUUCCUUUGCCCUCUUUGUGAAUGUUUGAGUAAUACUGUCAUUCCUCUGCUGCUUCCUCCAAGAAAUAUUUUUAAUAGCAGGUUAAAUUUUUCAGACCAACCAAAUCUGACUCAGUGGAUUAGAACAAUAUCUCAGCAAAUAAAAGCCUUACAGGUUCUUAGGAAAGAAGAAAGCACUCCUGGUGCGGCCUCUCCGAAGCACGCGGGGAGUCCAGGGGCCAGGCAGCUCCCGGAAGGAUUUCGGCCUGAUUUCCAUCCUAAGAACCCCUAUUCCGAGAGCAUAAGAGAAAUGCUGACGACGUUUGGAACUGCUGCGUACAAAGUGGGCCUAAAGGUUCACCCCAACGAGGAGGACCCCCGCGUGCCCAUCAUGUGUUGGGGCAGUUGUGCCUACACCAUCCAAAGCAUAGAAAGAAUUUUAAGUGAUGAAGAGAAACCCUUGUUUGGCCCUUUGCCUUGCAGACUGGAUGACUGUCUCAGGUCACUCACCAGGUUUGCUGCAGCUCAUUGGACUGUGACAUCACUCCCAGUGGUCCAGGGGCACUUCUGUAAACUUUUUGCAUCGUUGGUUCCCGAUGGCAGCCAUGGAGACCUCCCGUGCAUAUUAGACAUCGACAUGUUUCACUUACUGGUGAGCUUGGUGCUGGCGUUCCCUGCUUUGCAGUGUCAGGAUUUUUCAGGGAUCAGCCUUGGCACUGGGGAUCUUCACAUUUUUCAUCUGGUUACUAUGGCACACAUCAUUCAGAUUUUACUUACCUCGUGUACAGAAGUGAACGGUAUGGAUCAAGAAAAUCCUGCUGGCGAAGAAGAAUUAGCAGUUCUUGCUCUGUAUAAAACACUGCACCAGUAUACAGGAAGUGCCUUGAAAGAAAUGCCCUCUGGCUGGCAUCUGUGGAAGAAUGUCAGAGCUGGAAUCCUGCCUUUCUUGAAGUGUUCAGCUUUGUUUUUUCAUUACUUAAAUGGAGUUCCUGCUCCACCAGAAAUUCAAGUGUCUGGAACAAGCCAUUUUGAACAUUUAUGUACUUACCUUUCCCUGCCAAACAACCUUUUUUGCCUUUUUCAAGAAAAUAGUGACAUAAUGAAUUCACUGAUCGAAAGUUGGUGUCAUAAUGCUGAAGUCAAAAGAUUUCUAGAUGGUGAAAGAAAUGCUAUAAGGUAUCCAAGAGAAUCCAACAGGCUAAUAGAGCUUCCGGAAGAUUACAGCAGCCUGAUUAACCAAGCAUCUAAUUUCUCGUGCCCCAAGUCGGGCGGUGACAAGAGCAGAGCCCCGACGCUGUGCCUGGUGUGUGGGACGGUGCUGUGCUCGCAGAGCUACUGCUGCCAGACGGAGCUGGAGGGAGAGGACGUGGGCGCCUGCACGGCCCACACCUACGCGUGCGGCUCCGGAGUGGGCAUCUUUCUGAGAGUGCGCGAGUGCCAGGUGCUGUUCCUGGCGGGCAGGACCAAAGGCUGUUUCUACUCUCCCCCGUACCUGGACGACUACGGCGAGACGGACCAGGGGCUCAGGCGGGGCAACCCUCUGCACCUGUGUGCAGAGCGCUUCCGGAAGAUCCAGCGGCUCUGGCAGCAGCACAGCAUCACAGAGGAGAUCGGGCACGCCCAGGAGGCGAACCAGACCCUGGUGGGCAUCGACUGGCAGCACCUGUAGCUGCCCGCCAGCCCUGGUGGGCACCUGGAUUCGCGUGGCCCACUUGGCUUUUCGAGAAAAGGAAUAGGAAGUUGUUCCACCGGAAUUGGAAAUAAACUCUUCGUGUCAGCUUUCUCUCCCCAGUUUAAUCUUUCUAGUGUCCUGGCUCCAGGCCAGAGGGACUCACCUUCCGUCAGCAGCUCCCGCACACCGUGGACCGUGGCCCCGGGACAUGACUCGCGGUUCUUAGGGUCCGGUGUGAGCAUCUGCAGAGCUGGACGCAGCCCGUCUCCCGACCUCACGCUGAGCACUGGGACAGCAAGCAAAGCCGUUGGGCCUGGCGGGGCUGAACCCCCGUCCUCUCAGUGACUGCACACGCUGGGGCUCGGACCCUCCCUCCAGAGCUCCGUGGCCCUGCACGGGCACUUCGAGUCUCCACAGGACUAGAGGAAGCUGCCGGCGAUGGCAGCAGGAGGCGGCUCCUCCCGUGCUCCGCAGAGCUGUCAAGGGGCCUUUGUUUCCCUUUCUGGCAAGACUUUUGACUUUGAGAGAGAAAACAAAAAACAAAAAAAUAACUUUAAAGGGCUUUUUGGAAACUUAAAGAGUAUCCUACUUUUUCAGAUGAUAUAUUCUCGUACUUCGCGGGCUAGAGAGUGUGUCUCGCCGGAGCGUGUCCGCCUGUAGAAUCCACAGCAGCAAAAAAAGAAAAGGCAAGAGCAGUGCGUCUCUGGGGUCCCCAGCACAGGGUCUGUGGAGUGUUGCUGUGUGCACUGCACCCCACUCUCUCCUCUCCAGGCCCCCUGGCGUCCUGCAGCGCCGCCCACCUGCAGGCCAGCCGCUGGCUCUCCGAGCACUGACCGAGAGCUUAAUGGAUCGUGGGCGGCACGAACAGUGAGCCGCCCUCGGUCAAACCAAGGGGCGAACAGAAAACUCGUGGCUGGUUUUUUGUUUAUUUUUCUUAUUUUUUUGCCUGUGAAAUGAAUGACCCUUGCAGACUGCAGUGGGCUUCUGACCGCAUGGGACAGCCAGGGCCCCGUGCUCCAGGAGACGGGCAGAAACCCAGACUUCAGUCUAAAGGCGACGUCAGGCGGGAGAUGUAGCACAAGCCUCACACGUGAAAGACCAGGUUCCAGCACCCCGCAAGCCCCUGAACCGCUGUCCGUGCUGGCCCCUCCCUGGGCAGCACCCGCACCCAGCUCAGCCCCACGCGUCCCGGCUUCCAGGCCUUUCUUUGGUCUGUAAUAUCUGCCAGGUGAGACUCCAAAAACAGCAGCAAAAAGAGAUCUGUCUGAUUCAGUGUUUAUUUUGGCCUUUGUCACAUGCUCCUCCUAGCUUGGAAGAGAGAGAGAGAGAGAGAGAGAGAGAGGAGAGAGGAGAGAGAGUGUGUGUGUGUGCACGCGCGCGCUCACGCACUUACACAAGUGUGAGUAUAUGAGUGUGCAUGUGAGAGAGAGGUGUGUGUGUGUGUGUGUGUGUGUGUGUGUGUACACGCGUGCACGUGCCCAUUGCUAGAAAUUGAACCCAGGGCCUCAUGUUGGCAAGUUCUCUGGCUCGGCCCCACCCCACCCCCAGCUUGGGGUUGUGCUCCUUCUCUGGCCUUUCCCCAUCUGUUCCCCAAUGCCACAAGCAGGUUUCUCCUCUGUGGAUUAUAAACAUGGAAAUGAUUAUUUUACUGGAGCCCCCAGGCCUCGCUUCCUAGAAGUCUGGAGUUCGCAGAGCAUGUCCCUGGCCCCCAGCCUCUGCCAUAUCAGGAGUCAGAAAGAUGAAUUCCCAUAUGGCGGGGCGUCUGCCCUGCCCUGCUGGGGGCCGCAUCGAGCCCCAUGUCUUCCCUAUCAAACGAAUCAUCGUAGCCUCAUGAUUUGAUCCGCAUGGAUUAUGUUUAUUGUAGAAAUGUUUAUAUAACUUGCUUUUCCAUAUCAGGGAAAUCAUUAUCUGUUUAAUAAAUUGGCUAUUAACUUUAAUAUCUGUGGACAACUUGUAAAAUUGGGAAUGUACCAUAUGUAAAAAGUUUAAAGAGAUCCAAAUAAAUGUUCUUGAUGUUGACACUACA